AAUUAGAGUUAGUUGGGAGUUACGGGAUUCUACUAUUCCGUGCAGUUCUUGUUAGCUUGUUGCCCCCAGUAUAAAGAAAAUAUCCUCUAUAUAUUCUUCUAAUUAUCAUAUCACCAAAUCAUUAAUUCUUUCAUUGAUUCAGCUUCUGCAAAUUCCAGUUCUUUUUCUGUCAUUCAAAGCCAAACUGAGCAAAGUUUCAUGUAGGUGCAAUAUUAAAUUUUGAUCAAAAUUUACUACCUGGAUACUAUUAUUAGUACUUGACUAUGUGAAUUGAGCUUAUCAUAAAAAUUAUGUGAGUUUGGUUUUACUCACGUGGUGGUUUCAUUAAAUUCUGCUAGCUGUAUUUCAUGGGUGAGUGGGUGUGGAUGUAACUACUCACCCUUUGGCCAGUUUCAUUUAUUAUGCAGGUCUAGUUCCAGAGUUUCAAUUGUUACUUUCGAGUACUAAUAACUCCGUUUAUGAUAAUGGGGUGAAAGAAACCUUUUUGCACCCACCCAUUUUGUGCAACAAAUGCUAUUUUUAUAUGUGUUGGUUGAUAUGUUACCGACAGUGAUUCCUGUGAUGUUGGAGAAUAUUCAGAAACCACAGUAACAAAAUUGAAAAGUUGUGGCGGUUGUUAUCAAAUGGCUUUUUGAGUAAAAAGGACUUUGUUGUGUGUUUUUUUUUUUCCUUGGAGAUGCAAAGAAGAUGGAGAAGAAAAGAGAGACUGUGGAGUAUAGGGAGAGGCUGGACAACACUCUUGCCUCACCUCAUCUGACAAAUUAUCACAUGCUCAAAAACCUUGUUCAGACUCAACUCUUGCAUUCUUCAAAACAACAAGGAGAUAGAGAUAAUUUAGUAGAGACCAAGACAGCAGAGCUAUCUAACUUUCUUGAUAUGUUGAGGAGUGUUUCUGAAUAUAGUGAAGGGUCUAGUACAAGUACACCAUCACGCACUGAUUGGAAAAUAAAACAGGAUAAUGAAGAGUUCCGUGUUAUGUAUCGCGAAGGGCCGGAGGGAACUCCGUUUCAUUCAUUGCUAGCUGAAGGCUAUGUAGAUGGGCCUGUUGAUGUUUGUUUAUGCCUUUCAUGGGAGACACCUCUUUACAACAAAUGGUGGCCUCAUAUUAUUGUUCCAACCUUUAAAAUUACUGCAGCCGAAUGUUUGCAGAAGAUCCAGAUUGGGGAACAAAUAUCACUAGUCAGGAUGAAGCUUUCAUGGCCGCUGUCGACAAGGGAGGCUAUAGUGCACUAUUAUCUGUUUGAGUACUAUCAAGAUGACUUAGUAGUUGUUCUUUUGAAUUCGGUUUCUGACUCAAAAAGCAUCACUGGCUUCAACAGUGAUGUAAUUCCUGAUGCCAAGGAUGCUGUGAGAAUUGAUGUAGUUGGAGGCUUUGCUUUGCAGAAGGUGACACCAGAAAGAAGUUACUUUCGGACAAUAGCAAACCUGGAUAUAAAGCUGGAUUUUGUACCUCCUUCCCUCAUAAACUUCAUUUCGAGGCAGCUCGUCGGCAGUGGUUUCAGACUUUAUCAAAAGGCUGUGGCUUCAAUGAUGAAAAAUGAUGAACUUAGCAAGGUCUUGGAGGAACCAUUGUAUGUUAGAGUUCAUCAAGCUCUUUAUAGCAGCAAUAGUGGACCAAAUACUAUGGAAGGGGAGGAUCUUACCCAAGUUACAAGCAUUCAUUCUGCUGAUGAUCUUAUACAAAGUAAGCACGACGGCGGAGAUAGAGCCGAUCAACAUACAAAUAAUUUCAAUUCCGAUGAGAUUGUAGAGGUAGAUAGCAAAGAGAUUGUAGAAGCAGAUAAUAAAGAGAUAGUACAAAUUGAGGAGGAGGAGGAGGAUAACAAGAAGGAUCAUGGCAAGAGGAAUGUAUAUAUCAGUUCAGAAGUAAGACAGGCUCUAGAAACAUUAGAGAAGGCUAUUUCUGUGGUUAGAGAACAUGGUUUUCAAUUUCAUUCCCUCUUGCCCUCUGCUACCUUUGCUAGUGAAGGGUCCAUCCACAUUGAAAAAGGAGGCACAGUUGAUUCAAAUUCUGCAAAACAAAAUCCAGAAACCGAGGCUAUCCAAGUACCAAACAGCAACAUCCAGGGGGAAACUUCACAAGAAGAACCUGUGAUUAACUCUGAAAUCCCAAACUCAAGGAGCAAAUGCUAUCUUAAAAGAAGUAAACUAUAAUAAAGUAGUUCCAGCUUCACCUUCACCGGAGCAGAAUCUUUCAAGAUCAGUAAUUGAAGCAAGCCACGUUGAUUGGUAUUCUUUGAAAGACAGGGAAAUGCUGAACCAUACAAGACUUGAUAACAAGCAAUUGAA